AUGGUGCUCGAAGGAGCUGGCGCUAUUGGACCAGCAGCUUUGCUGGCUGGCAACAUUGAAGGACUGGCAGGAAAGCGAAUCGCUUGCAUACUAUCAGGUGGAAACAUUGAAAGCAGCAUGAUUGGACUUACAAUUGAGAAAGGGCUGGCUAUUGAUAAUCGAAUGAUUCAAGUCAGAGUGACAAUGCCUGAUAUGGUCGGUGGAUUUGCAGAACUGUUCGAAAUAUUCGCUAAGAAUGGAUCGUCUGUGAAGGAGUUUCUAACGGACGGUGUGUUCCAUCGUUUUGACGUGCUUACACUCGAAUGUAAAAUUGUCGCUGAAGUUUGUGGAGUUGAACACGCUAUGCAACUGAACGAAGCAAUUCUUGCUAGGUAUGGAUCAAACUGCCAGUUUUCACUGAGCCACAGAACCCAAAGAAUCAACGCAUAA